ACGACAAAUGUGAAAAAGAAUUUCCGCUUUUGCUUUUGUGAAUUUGGCCAAAAAAUCAGAAUCAGAAAAUCUUGAACCAGAAUGAGAAUUGGACGUGUGCGUGCGCGCCCUGGUUCCAUCUUCUCAUAUUUGUGUGUGUGUGAGAAAAUUAAAUUAUUUAUAAUGACUUUGGUAACGAAUGCAAAGGAAGAUAAUUGUUGAAAGAGUUGUAAACAUAAACAAUUUCGAAAGGCGCCGAAUAUUGUGAAAAUCUAUAAUCGGUGUAAUCUAGUGAUUCGAUUAAAUAAUUUUGAAUAGGUAUUAAAAAGUGAAAAAAUUGUCAAUUAUGCCGCAGCGCAAACGAUUGAUGUGGAAAUUUCGCAGUGAAGACGCGUAUUCGAGAUUUUCCUGAAUUUCGUUUCAUGUAUCUGAGUAUACACACAUACCUGCAUACAUAUGUAUGUAUGCACUCGCAAUGGAAAAUUCAAUAAAUAGCACCAAAGUGUGGAAAACUAAUAUAGUGAAAAAACUCAAUUAGGGUAAUGUGAAUUUCGACAGUUCCAUAUUUUCGGAUUAAAUACCUACCAAGUGAAAACUGCACAAGCUUAGCAAAGCACGCUACCUCCGGCCGGAUUGGCAGAACUUCCAGCAACGCGUUCGCGAAAUAAUUGCGAAACGCAACUUAAAAUACAUAUUUAUUUAUUUUGCAAAAAAUCCACAACAUUAAACAUAUCCAUCCGUUUGCAAUUCUAAUUAAAUUUAAGUCGCAAGACAUGUAAUACAAAGAUUGCAUACAAGCAUUGGCAAAAUUGUUAGCAGCAAUAAUACAACAUAAAUACAUAUGUUUCUAUAUAUGUAAAUCAACACUACGACUAUCAAUCUUCCACUGUUACUACAAACCAAAUUAAAUUUGGACGCAUCAUUCAAUAACAUAAGUAAAACUAUUACUUAUAGAAAUCUAUCUCGGCGUCGACUUAAGCAUCUGUAAAAGCAUUUAACUCAGUCAACAUGGAUUGGGUCAUUCAUGAUGAACUCGGUAUUACUGUCGGUCAUGUGGCUAGGGGAGCAGCAGCUUCCGCUAUGGUCAUCGGCGGUGUUAUACCUUAUGUACCGCAAUAUUUGGAGAUCAAGAAAACACAAGAUGCAGAUGGAUUUUCGCUUCACGUUUGUCUUGCUUUGUUGAUUGCGAAUUCUCUAAGAAUUUUCUUCUGGUAAGUGAAAUCCGUACUUAUAACAUGUACGCAUUAAAUUUUUCAUUCCUUAACUUUUUGGCAGGUUUUUAUAGGCAAAUAUGAAUUACGCUAAUUAUAUUUUUAGUUUAGCAUUUUCGUGCGAAUCCGUUUUUGUUAUCAUACACAUUAGUGUGCCUGUGUGAAGUGUGAAAAUUUUUGGUCAAUAUCCUAGGCUCGCCG